UAUGAGUUCAACGUGGACAGCGUUCAAGUUUCCAUGUUUGCGACUAAUCGAUUAAACGUAACAUUUCCAUAAGUAAUACAAUUUAAGGGAAUAUUAUUCCGGGAAAGAUGCCUGACCCGUCAUAUAGAAGGAUGACUUUAUUGUUAUUGACGGAUUUCUGAAAAGAAAAACAGCGAAAAAACUUUAUGCGUCAGCGGGUCAGUGAUGUUUACGUCGUCGCGAAAUAAACAAAUGCGUCAAUGAUCGCGGACUUUCCGUGACUGUGUAAUAAGUGUCAUAUGCAGUUACCAGUACGUUGCCUUAUUCUGGAAUUUUCGCGUGUGCGAAUGCCGUGAGCAAUGGGAUGGGAAAAUGUGAACUUGUAUUUGCUUAUACCGCUGUACAUAUGGAUGAACUCUCAAGCCUCAUUUGUAGUGGAUGUAAACUGCUGGUGGAAUCAGCGGUUUCCUGGGGCGGAGAAUGUGGUGUGCAACACCAGUGCACAAGGAAGCACAGACCAUUGUGAAUUCUGCCAGCUUUAUAUUAUCUUACUUGAGCAGAGACAUCAGUUACCCAGUGCCUGUGCCAAUGCCAUUCAAAAUGUUCACAUUCCUGUUGCAUCAGAACAUAUCAAAUAUAUUCGCUGUGAGCUUGAGUGCCAGGAAAAUACAGAUGGACUCUGCCACGUUACAGUAAGAGGAGGCUAUCCUCCAUCUGCACCGUCCAGCCUUAAGUGUUCUAUAGAAGAGUCUGAGGAAGGAGACAUUCAUUGCUCUUGGUCUAGAUCUAAUGAGACAAUGAUUACAACUGUUUACACCCUACACUGGCAAGAUUGUGAUGGGUAUGUUGACUCCAGAGAGAGUGAUAGUGACAAUGGAGUCAUAAAACGAGCAGAGUAUAUGAAAAACACUGACAUUAAAGUAUGGGUUACUGCCAAAAACCUGCUGGGUUCUGCACAGUCUGAAGAGUCUGUCUUCAACACAGGCCAUAUAACUCGGCCAGACACACCCUAUAUUAUUAAUCACACCUCUCAGCCACUGGAGAUCUUCUGGAAGAUGGACUGUGAUCUGUUUGGUUUCUCUGGCAUGAUGUGUCAAGUGCAGUACCAUAGACUCGAUGACAUGGACUGGACUGAGGUGGAUGAUUGUCAAGUAGCAUUUCUGCUGGUGGACCCGCAGCCAUUCACACAGUACAGUUUUCGUGUUCGCUGCUGCUGUGAAGAGGACGUUAUGAGUCACUGGAGUUCAGAGUAUAUAGUCAGAACACCCCCUGCAGCACCGGAUGGACAGAUGGAUGUUUGGAGUGACUGUGCCCCUAAUUCAAACAUGUCUUUCUGUAAUGUCUUCUGGAAGGAGAUCCCCCUGUCUCAGGCAGGAUGGGAUGUUAAUAACUAUGUAGUGACUCUGAAGCUCUACAAUGGUAAGGAGAACAAGCUUGUUACCAGGCAACGGAGAGACACUGAAAAUCAGCAUCCCGAUGAAAAGGGCUGCCAGCAGCUCGGUCAUUUGCCAUUGCAGCCGGGUGUUAUGGGAGUGUUUGUGUCAGCCAAUACUUCAAUGGGGAUGUCGGCCCCAACAUUUAUGGCAUUUCCUGUGAUGGCAGGUCAUACAACACCAGAAGUGAAUCUGAGUGUAAUAGGAGAGAACAAAAAGCUGUUUGUCACAUGGUCCGUACCUUCUCCGUUCUCGGAGAGAGUUCUGGAUUAUGUGGUGCAGCAUGUGGCUGUAGAACUACCUCACACUCCCUGCCUGAACUGGGUCAGAAUAUGCAGAACCCAGAGAUCUGUCACACUCACAGAUAAAUUAUCGAACUAUACAGCAUAUAACGUGUCAUUGUUUGCUGUCAUCAACAACCACAGCACUUUCCUCAAGUCUGCAAUUGCAUACACACUUCAAGGAGUGCCUCCUGAAGUCUCACAGUUCCACGUGAAGAACAUCUCUCACUCAUCUGUCACUCUGAUGUGGAGCCCUAUUCCUUUGCAUGAGAGUAAUGGUGUCAUCCUGCAUUACUCAAUUGGCCUCAAUGAGACAGAAGCUAAUGUGAGCAGUGACCAAACCAGUUUCCAGCUGUUAGAUCUGCAGCCAGCUCAGCAGUACCAGGCCUGGGUCAGCGCUGUGACCUCUGCUGGUGAGGGAGUGAGGAGCAUCACCACCUUCUCCACCACUGAUAAACCUGGUUAUGUUACCCCGACGCUGUUGGCUGUAUUAGUAGUCCUACCAUUGUUUGCGCUGACACUUCUCAUUUAUUUUGUUUUCCUGUUACCAACAUGGUGUUUUCCAAAGAUUCCAGACCCCUUAAACAGUAAAUCGUUUAAACAUGCACACUUGCAGCAUGUGUGGCCUGGCCAUUGUCAUCCCUCAGAAUUAUCUAUAAAGAUCUCUGAGCUGGAGAUCGUGGAGAACCUUGUUCCCACCACAAAUGCCUAUCCCUCAGAAACUGAACUAAUAGAUGUGGAGCCCCAUCAGAAACAGAUAGCUGAUGGAGCGCACAGAAAAGAUGGAGAUUUCAUUCAGCGGCUGGAGUCUGAGGAGUCAAACGGAAGACGUGUUUCAGAGCAUAAUGGUUGGACAAAGAACUACAGUAAAAUUGUGGACACUGAUGAGGAGAGUGGUGAUGAGGAUUGGGAGAAGCAAAAAUGUUUCUCGGACUAUGAGACGCAUUUUAUGCCGUCUGUUGAGGCAAAUUAACUAUGACUUUUCACACUUGUGUGAACUGUACUGAAGUGCCUGAAAAAAUUAUCAUAAUUGCAAUUGUGGUGCUGAAGAACAAGUUGUGUAUUUUACUUUUUAUUAAUAUCAAGGUUCACAUGGUUCUGGAAAUAUCAGGGAAUUUUAAAAUGGAAAAGUCAUGUAAAUUAUUUAAAUCUUAAAAAGUCAUGAAAAGUUCUGUAUUUAAAAUUCAUUUUUCUAGUUAAACUCUGCUCUAAAAAUGUAAUUGGCUAUAAAUUGCUCUUUGUGAGAGUGGUCGCUUAAUCCUUAUACAGUCAUUUGGAAAAUUAGAAAAGUCAUAGAAGCAUCAUGGACAAUAUUUGGUCAAAAUGUGUGGAAAUCCUGAAUUAUGAAAAGAUACACAUAUGCAGAAUUAGCACACAAUUUGAGGUUUACAAUUAUCCAAAAUGCUCCAUACUAGCUCCAACAUAGAAAUAACAAAAGACGUUUACAGGUAUAUACACAAUUUACAUGUACGUGGACAAAUAAUUCAUUCUAAAACUGUAUAUAAUAAAAAUGUU